AUGUCAGCUCGCAAUCCUUCUACGCCCGGGCAGCUGACUCCUGUUCAACUAACCAUAUCCACCACCAAUGCGGCAACCGACCUCAUCAACAACUCUUACCUGACAUAUCUCGUGCCGGCUGAGACCAACAUUGACUUGGAAAAAGCACUUGAAGGCUUUGAUGGCUCCAAGACCGUAUCUGAAAUAAUAGAGCAAAGAGACACGUUAUUUUUUGAUGAAACUGUUGAUGUCCUGCUUGUUCUCAAGACGCCAUGGCUCCCGCGGAAAGAGUUGGACUACCAUCUUAGUAGGAUAAGUAUAUCGCUAGAGGCUCAGGUAGCCAAUGGCAGUGUCCCUGGCCGCGACUCUCCCAACUCUUCUGAGAGCAUCUUCAGCGGGAGGCUCAAGGAGACAAAGAAGCCCUUCGUCAUCGAGGACAAGAGGGAAUACGGGAGCGAUGUCGAGGAAGAGGAGGAAGAGGAAGAGCCGCGGUUUGUGUACGCCAUGUGGAAGCUACCCGUGCUCCUCAUAAGGCCCCGAAUGCGACUGCACAGUCCGGCCGUCGUCUUUUCGGCGUCCGCAAGCCUCGACCCGGAUCUCUGGACUGAGCCCGUUGCCCCUGACGUCGGCUAUCUUCCAAGCGGACUGCCAUCUGGCUUCAACCUGCUCGAGUCCUUCAGCAACGACUUUGCCCUGAAUGGCGUCAAGCCGCGACUGUCGGCGCUGCGGGUAUCGAGAGUGGCCCCCGUCACGCGGCAGCAAGACUUCAUGACACGCCUCCGGACACUGCCCCAGCUGAGCAUCAAGGUCUUCCCAGUCUUGCAUACGAGAAUAAGAUUCUCUCGCCCCAACACGAUACCCCUGAGCCGGAGCAUCGUCGCCCUCCUGGAAAUCGACUUCACCUCCCACUUUGAAUGCGAGGCCCUCCUGAACAGCAUCCGACUUACAUCCCCCAACGGCACCGUCGAGAAUCUCAAUGAUGAAGCCGGCCUCAGCCUUCCCCUCAGCUGCGUCUCACACGACCACAUCACGCUCCUCUACCACAUCCAGCACCAGCAAACCGAGACCACCCUCCCCAGAGACACCUCGGGAAGCCUCGAAAUCUCCAUCGCCGCCUCCGUCCUCGUCAUCCCGGGCGUCUGCACCCCGAGCCUCACCAUGAGCUGGACCACCGCCCUCGACUUCUCCCUGCCCGUCAACCCGAGCUUCGGCACCGCCUCGGAAUCCGGCAUCCAGCGCGCCCACCGCCCGACGCAGCUCUCCAUCGGCAGCGUCGCCCAGGUCAUCACCCACCUGAAAUCCCCCUCGGCCAUCCGCCCAGACGCCCUCCCCACGCUGGAAGCCUCCACGAACCGCACCGAGGCCUCCAUACCAGACCUCGGCAUCACAAUGUCCUUCACCGCGCCCUCGACGCCCGUCCACCCGGGCGACAUCUUCUCCUGGACCGUCUACGUCGUCAACCGCUCCUCCGACAAGGCCAGCAGCACCCGCCCGCCGCGCAAGCUCGCCCUCGUCGCCGUGCCCAAGCGCCGACGCGCCGAGGUUCGUCCAAUCCGGCCCCCGUCCAGCAGCGGCCGGCGCCGCGGGGACAAGGAAAUCGCAGACGCCGUGCUGGACGAGAACGUGAUCCACGCAUUGCAGAAGAGCGCCACGCUCGAGACGUCGGAGCUCAUCUGCCUCAGCGCCGAUACGCGCGUUGGCCCUGUCGCACCAGGUGCAUGCCACGUCGUAGAGCUGCAGUUUCUGGCAUUACAAGAGGGUGUUGUCGGCCUCGAAGCCAUCCGGGUCGUCGACUUGGGAUCACAAGAGCACGUCGAUAUUGGAGACUUACCAACCAUGAUAGUAGAGCCCCUGGCGGCGGCCGCCUGA